AUGGCACGCUUGCUCCGUUCCCUCAGAAAAACCCUAACCCUAAACCCCCAAUUUCACAUUCAUCAACUACGACUAUGCAUUUCCCGAAGAAGUUACAUCUCCGAAAUGCGCAAAGAAGCUUUCGAAGGAAACAUUUCCAGACUCCUUCGCAACGAAAUCCAACACGAGAUUCAAUCCUCUUCUUCUUCCAAACCCCCUGCCAACAAGUUUGGUUCCUUUUUAGUGGAUGGUCGACCCGGUGAGCGAUGGAUUACAUUGAAUAGACAAUUUUCCGACGAGAAUAUUAAAGUUGAAGUCACCAUGUUUGACGGAUCCGCUCCUGCUCCGAAAGCAAGUGGUGGUGUGGCUAAUGCAGAUGAAGUGCAGCUACACAUUACAUUAAUCGUCAAUAUCUCUAAGGGAGAUCACGGAGUGCUGGAAAUAAUGUGCUCUGCUUGGCCAGACAGUAUAGAGAUAAAAAGGCUGUUUGUUCGUGCCGACAAAAAUACGCCAGCUGAGCCCUAUGCUGGUCCCGACUUUGAGGAAUUGGAUGAUGAGUUGCAGGAUGGCCUUUAUGAUUUCUUGGAUGCGAGGGGUAUAGAUAAUAAACUGGCCACUUACUUGCAUCAGUACAUGAAACACAAGGAUAAAACAGAGCUAAUAGGAUGGAUGGAGAAGAGUGAAAGGAGGAUGUUUAGCAGUAGAGCAAGGUGGUUGCACUUUGUUGUGCAAUUCAAGCUUUUUCCAACAACAUCAUUAUGCAACAAAUCUGCUCAGAGAAGUUCCUUUUGUACUUCGGCAAAGAACGGCAACAACAUCAACAGCAAGGACAUCAUCACUGAUGAAAGGUAUCGGCAGCUCGAAAAUCUCGACAUGAUGACUGCCAUCAAGAUUCUUUUCACUGAUCCCCCAAAGAAGAGAAAGUUUGGGUUUGAUUUUCAUCUUGUGCAAUUUUUCUUUGCCUGCAUGCCUUCCUUGGCUGUAUAUUUGGUGGCACAGUAUGCUCGUUAUGAAAUAAGAACAAUGGAAGCGGACGUGGAGCAGAAACGAAAGAAAAAGGAAGAAGAAGAAGCAAAGGAAGUAGAAAAAGAAUUGGAACUAAAUCCUCCUGAGGAAAAGGAAGCAAAUCCGCAGCUGUCAGAGGUGAAUGAGAGACUUGACAAACUUGAAGAGACUAUAAAGGAGAUUGCUCUUGAAACAAAGAAGCAAUCACGCAGUAACAUAAACUCAAAUCAGGUAACGGGUGAUGAUAAAGAACCCCUAAAUAGUUCUGCACUAAUGAACACUACUGGAGGCAAGGAUAAUUCGAAGUCAGAAUUAGGUGAAGAAAGUAAGGGUUCAGUGGCAACUCCAAAUUCUUCUCUUCAGAAUCCAACAAGCCAGAAUUAA